AAUCAUUCGAACGACUAAACGUGAUAAAGGGACUACUCUGACAGGAUUACCCUUACUGGAUUACAGGAAACACUAUGAAAAGGAAGUGAAGAGGAGCCAGGAAGGAUGACAGACACACCAACUCCCAAGGUAGCUACUACAUUGAAGAAACAGUUCGGAUUGGUCAGUGCAACGAGCUAUAUCACGGGCUCUAUCAUCGGAACUGGUAUUUUUAUCAGCCCGACAGUCAUACUGGAAGGGAUGGGUUCUUCUGUUGGCCUCUCUCUCCUAGUGUGGAUGCUGAGUGCAGCUGUCUCAUUCUGUGGUGCCAUGUGUUAUGCCGAGUAUGGAACGCGUGUUAAGAAAUCGGGAGGCACGUAUACCUAUAUCCGAGAAGGGUUCGGAGAUCUCGCCGGGUUUAUAUACCUGUGGACUAACUUAGUACUACUUCGUCCUUUGUCCGUGGCCCUGUCGGUCUUGGUGUGUGCAGAGUACGUCAUGAGGCCUGUCUUCCUGGCAUGCCCUGAUCUGGCGCCCACAGCAGCUAAAGUCAUGCUGGGAUUUCUCGUAGCUGGCUUGUUCGUCGUGGGCAAUUUGUACAGUGUACGCCUUGCAGCCAACACACAGACUAUAGUGACUGUGUGUAAAGUCACGGCCCUGUCCGUCGUUAUCGUGACUGGGAUCAUUCACUUAGUGCAAGGCAACACAGAAAACUUCAAUGGAGCGUUCAAAACCAUCAACUUUAAGCCGGGUGGCGUGGUACUGGCGUUCUAUGCUGGGUUGUUUGGAUACACUGGCUGGGAUGCAACCAAUGCAGCAGUAGAGGAGGUCAUCAAACCUUACAGAAACAUUCCCAUUGCGGUUUUCGUAGGACUCGCAAUUCCAACACUGAUUUAUGUCUUGGCAAAUGUUGCCUACCACGCUGUCCUUACAAAUGACGAAAUUCUGUCCGGCAUUGCAGUAGCCUAUGUGUUUGGAGAGAGGAAACUAGGAGUCUUCAAGUGGGUUAUCCUGGCGUGUGUUGCAAUAUCCGCAGGAGGGAACGUUAACAGUAACAUCUUUAUCUUUAGCAGAAUAAACUUUGUGGGAGGCCGCGAUGGACUGUUUCCACGGUUCCUGAGCAUGAUCAGUGUACGGAGAAGAACUCCACAACCGUCCAUCAUAGCACUGUUUAUACCGACGACUGUCUUCAUGUGUCUCGGCGAUGUCAAGUCUGUCCUAGGAGCCUAUGUUUUCUUCAGGGUAGGAGGGGAAUGUCUGGCUGUCGCGGCAUUUUUCUUCAUACGACGGAAACAUGCAGCUGCCGACACUACCUACAAGACUCACUGGGUGUUCCCUGGAAUCUACGUUGUAUCCAUCCUAAUGCUGUCCGUCACGGCGGUCGUCGAUGACCCUGGCAAGUUUCUUCCCCCCUUCGUCAUCAUCUUGAUGAGUGUCCCACUCUACUACAUGUCGAGGAGUCGCUGGUGGAAGCGGUUACACCUCAACACUGUCAACAAGUGGAUCACUUUGAUCUGUCAUCGCCUCCUACUGUGUGAACACGCAAGUCAACGUAUUGAAUGAGAAAGAGAUGCUCAUAUAUAUGUAGUUUCAUAAAUAUGUAACUGAAGCUUAGCUAACAUCAUUCUCAAUGAUAUGUUAUCACUAUCUUUCUUUUAUCGUCGUAACUAAAAUCACAUAAAAAUGUUUAGCGGUUCUCUCUUUAGUAUAUCUCAUUCAAACUUCCGACCCGUGAAGAUCCGGGGUAGAAUAGGUCUUCAGCAAUCCAUGCUUGUCGGAAGAGUCGACUGGCGGGUUCGGGUGGUCAGGCUCGCUGACUUGGUUGAUGCA